CGUUGGUUAGGAAAGACUUCCCCAGAGCAGGGACAUGGAGCUACCACGUUACUGAAACACUAAGGAGCUACAGGUGGGGGGCUGCAGGUACAGCUGUAUUUCCCUAAGAAAGUAAGGGACAUUUGUGAUAUGUGUGUUGGGGAAAAAUAACAAAAUAACAAAGACCCUACAAACCAUGUUCCCUGAGUCUGAAUCUCAUCCCGAGGUAAGGGUGAGUGCUGUUGAGCAGCGAAAAGCGGAUCCUGGGAGACCAGAUGGGAGCAGCGCGCAUCUGUUCCUGAACGCUUUCCCCUUUUGUGGCGUGCAGGCCCCUGGUCUUCUCAGGUCCCGGCCAAGUGCGGCAAAUGUUCCUUUUCGGUUCCAGCAGCAGCUCCCAGGGGCCCCUCUGCAGCCCCAGUCCACAACUGUGAGGCCUUCUUCCAUGUUAUUUCCCUUUCUGUCUCCUUCCUGUGCCAGAACCCCUCCUCCUCUGCACAUGUGGGAUUCCUGGACGCUGAGUCACCCACGGAGCGCCCGACUCCUGCCCCCUGCCGGCCACUUGUUUGCUGGGCUCUGCCCCAGGGGCCUUUCUGCGGUGUGGAGGGUCCCCUUCCUGUGUCUGCUGUCUGUGCUGAACAGGGCAGUCUCAGAAGUGAGGCGAAGUGAAUGCUUUUCUACCCAAGUCCAGCUUGUGCUAAGAAUCAGUGGGUAUUUAUUUAUCAUGGCUCCGGAGGCUGAGGUUUAUUUUCCUCAAAGGUCGUUUUUGGAAAUAUUUGGAAAUAUUUACUUAGUUUCGCUUGUGUGAUGUGAAGGCUCUUUCAACGUGGUGUUCUGAAUCCCCUCUUUACACCUUCUAAAAGAGAGGUUAUCCUUCUAGUGGGGACACGUAAGUAGAUUUGGUAUUACGCACUAUUUUUUAAUGCUGUCCUUUUUAGAAUGAGGUAAAAUUUACAUACAGUAAAAUGAACAUAAGUAAAUACUAAUCACGAGUUUUGAUAGCUAUAUACACCCAUGUAGUUGUCACCCAAAUCAAGAUAAAGAACAUUUCCAUCACUCCCAGAAAGUUUUCCUGUUCCUUCUUUUA